GAGGCCAAAGUUCGCGCGUGCGCGUUGAGUUUCCCCGGGUACACUCACGAGCCCUGAAAUGGCGUCGGCAGCUGACUACAACCCUUAUGGCCAGGCUGGAUCUCAAGGGGGGUACAGCUCAUAUGCCUCUCAGCCCCCCCAGGGUUAUGGACAGGGUGCAGGGCAGUCAUAUGGUCAGCAGCAGGGCUAUGGGUCCUACAGUCAGCCAGCUGAAGCAGCAUACUCGCAGACAGGCAGCUCAUCGGGCAGCUAUGCCCAGCAGGGCUAUGGGUCCUCUUAUGGACAGCAGCCUCCGGCAGCAGGUGGCUUUGGCUCCAGCUCUGCUGCCUCACAGGGCUAUAGCCAGGCCAGUCAAGGCUAUGGGUCCAACGGCUAUGAGGGGAAUGCGGGGGGGGCCGCUGCCGCAUCCUCCCAGGCUGGAUAUGGGGGUCAGGGAUACAGCGCACAGUCCUCCUAUGCUGGCUAUGGCCAGCAGCCUGGUUCAGCAGCGCCUCCCAGGGUUCAGGAGGUGAACAAAGGUCCUGACAUGCCCCCUGCACCGUCCAACUGCGCCCCCUAUGGCCAGGGUUAUAGCCAGAACAGCUACAGCUAUUCCCAGGUGUCUGGGUCUUAUCCUUCACAGUCUGGGAGCAGCCAGACAUCCUACCCUCCUUCCAGUUACAGUGCUGGGUCCCAGCAAUCCAGCUAUGAGCAGAGCCCCUAUUCACAGGGCCAGGGGGGAGGCUAUGCCCAGCAGGCGGCAUACCACAACCUGCCCCCGCAGCAGCAGCCUCCGCCCUCCAGCUACCCCCCGCAGGCCAGCUCCUAUGGCCAGCCUUCGGCCUCACAGUACGGCCAGCAGGGGGCGUCUGCCGGUGCCUACGGCCAGCAGAAUGACUACAAAGCCCCUAGUCAGUAUGGUAGCUAUCGGCAAGAACACCCCAACGGAAUGUCCGGGGGCUACCCUGGCCCUGAGCCCGGCGGCUACGGGGGUCCAGGGGAGGGCCGCGGGGGGGACGGCCGGGGCCGAGGGCGGGGCAGCUUCGACAGGGGUGCCAUGAUGCGUGGGGGCAUGGGCCGAGGAGGCAUGAGCGCUGGAGACAGAGGCGGCUACAUUAAGCCUGCUGGUCCUGAUGCUGACAUGAUACGCCCGGAGGAGAGGGACGACUCGGAGAACAGCACCAUCUACAUCACUGGGCUGACAGAGAGUGCCACUGUGGAGGAGAUGGCCGACUUCUUCAAGCACAGCGGGAUCAUUCGGAUAAACAAGCGCACCGGACUUCCUGCCGUCACCCUCUACACAGACAAGGACACGGGCAAGAACAAGGGCGAUGCCACACUGUCUUACGAGGAGCCGCCCGCUGCUAAGGCCGCCGUGGAGUGGUUCGAUGGCAAGGACUUCCAAGGGAAGAAGCUGAAGGUGUCCAUGGCACGCCGAAAGCCCCUCCUGGGCAUGAUGCGCGGGGGCAUGCCAAUGCGCGACGGCCGUGGCAUGAUGGGCCGCGGAGGCAUGAUGGGUCGGGGAGGAGAGCGUGGGGGCUUCAUGCCCCGUGGGGGCCCCCGUGGGAUGGGUAGGGGGGGACCCUCAGGAGGCAACAUGCAGCAGAGAGUAGGCGAUUGGCAGUGCCCCAACGCUGGCUGUGGGAACCAGAACUUUGCGUGGAGGAUGGAGUGUAACCAGUGCAAAGCCCCCAAACCAGAGGGCUUAGGGCCCCCAGCCUUCCCCCCUCCAGGUGGUGACCGAGGCCGCGGGGGGCCCGGGAUGCGCGGAGGCCGUGGCCUGGACCGAGGCGCUCCUGGGGGCCUCGGGGGCCCGGGAGUUUUCCGGGGAGGACGAGGAGGCGACCGUGGCAUUCCAGGUGGCUUUAGGGGUGGACGAGGCAUGGAGAGAGGAGGCUUUGGCGGUGCAAGAGGCCGCGGCGGCCCCCCCCCAAUGGACGGCCGGAGGGGCAUGGGUCCUCCUGGGAAGAUGGUGGACAUGAAGGGGGAGCAUCGACAGGAGCGCAGGGACCGGCCUUACUGAAGGACGCGGCCCGUGGAAAUCCAUGCUGCACACAGGACUCAUUUUUAAGAAUGUUUUAAAUUCCUAACUCCAUAUUUAUGGAAAUACCUUAACGCUGUAACUUGCGUUUAUUUUUGUUUGUUUUUUUUUUACAUUUGGUUCCAGUCCAAUGCAUGCUGUGUACAGGUUCUGAAGCCUUGUGACCAUUAAAUGUUUCCAUUUUUUAA